UAGAAGGUCAACUUUGACGGGACAUAUCUCGUCUUCCAGUGAUUUUUGAAUUUCCAACUGACCCACACACGGUGGUCUGACUCGUUGACAUCACGGGAACACAUAAACCAGCCGUCAUUUGACGUAUCGUGACCGUACAACGACUUUUUGUAUGGAGCAUUCUAAGUACUCAAUCCGGCGCGUCACAGCUGUCUCCACAUUUCUGCCCACGUGACUCUGACGUCACGCUGCUGACCUUUGGCCUGUAGGUGUAGCGGUACAGGAUAUGUGAAUAUGGCCAGGUGAGGAACAGUUUUGACGUUACCGGCCCACAAAAACACCUUUUCUCAACAGGUGAGACUUGGCACGGCAUUUUCCGAGUAGCCGGGGACCAAGACAAGACAUCCGGAUGCCAAGAAACCUUCCAAGGCGUCUUCUAGAGCCGUCUUUGGUGGAUACAGCGUCUUCCAUUUUUGCCAAAACAAAGUGCGCCUGAUAGGUCUCCUCAGCAAUGGCAGACAACUACUACUCCCGUUCUUACGUGUCGGACGAACACAGCGACAGUCUACUCCGGGGACUGAACGCACUCCGCUCCGACAGUCUGCUGUGUGACGUCACGCUGGUCGCUGAUGAUCAAGGCUUCCAGGCGCAUCGCGCAGUUCUGGCCUCGUGUAGUGACUAUUUCAAGGCCAUGUUCACCAGUGGGAUGCGCGAGUCCAGCGAGACUCAUGUCGAACUCAAGGGCGUGUCCGCCAACGGGCUGCAGCACGUUCUUGACUUCGCGUACACGUCUCGCCUCGGCCUCAGUCUGCAGAUUGUACAGGAUGUCAUCGGAGCUGCCAGUCAUCUACAGGUCCUGCCCAUCAUCGUUAUUGUGGAGAAAUUUUUAAUGGCGGAGAUCAACGUAGAUAACUGCCUCGCGAUUGGUCAGAUUGCCGCGAACUAUGACCUCAGCUCAGUCACCAAUCAAGUCAACAACUUCAUCCUGCUGCACUUCAAACAGGUUUCCCAGAUCGAUGACUUCCUCAGCCUGCCCCACGAGCGGAUCGCAGACCUGCUGGGCAGCGAUUGGCUGCACGGCUGCUCCGAGGUGGAGAUCUUCCACAUCGCGCUGCGUUGGCUGAGGCACGACCCGGCGCGCAUGGCGCACGCCAGUCAGGUCAUGGAGCACAUCCGCUUUCCUCUCAUGAGUCCGGGAGACCUCGUCGACCAGGUUCAGUCCGUGGACAUCAUGGACAGUGAUUCGGCCUGUCGACGGUUUCUUCUGGAGGCGUUUAACUACCAGACGCUUCCGUACAGACAACACGAGCUGCAGUCGCCCCGCACGAGUGUUCGGUCCAUCCUGAAGGCCAUCGUGUGCAUCGGGGGAACUCCCUACACUGACGAUCGUGUAGUGAAGGAUAAACUAUACUGUCAAUUGAUGAGGAGAUGGUUUGAGAUUGGUCCGAUGGAGGAGGGAAGAUGUCAUCACGGUGUCGCCAUCAUGGAUAACUUUAUCUAUGUGGUGGGGGGGCAGGCUAUCCAGUAUCCAUCCGGGGACGGGGCUGUAGCUACGUGUUCACGCUACGAUGUGUGGACAGGCACGUGGGUCCGGAUGAAGUCCAUGCACGAGAAGCGGGCGCAUUUCCACCUGAGUGCGCUAGGGGGCAGGCUUUAUGCUGUCGGCGGCAGGAACAAGGAACAGAACCUCAAGUCGGUGGAGGCCUUCCUUCCCAGAGAGAACAGAUGGAUGUACGUGGCUCCACUCCGAGGGUACAGCACGGGCCACGCCGGGUGCGUCUGCGAUGGCAAGCUCUACACCAGCGGUGGCUACGGCACCUCCAUGAACAACGUGCCCCACGAGCGCGUGCUCCAGUUCUACGACCCGGAACAGAACGCGUGGCAGUGCCGCGCGCCGAUGACCACCGGUCGCAUCUGGCACUGCAUGGCAACCCUCGCCGACAAACUCUACGUCAUGGGCGGGGACAUCGGAGACGCGAGGCUGCACGUUCUAACCGCAGAAUCCUACUGCCCCGCGUCCGACCAAUGGACGUCGAUUGCUCCUAUGCUGACAGGACAGAGCGAAGCAGGCACGGCAGUGAUCGACGAUAAAAUCUUCCUGCUUGGAGGUUAUGACUGGAACAACCGGGACGUUAUAGGAAGUGUUCAGUCGUACAGACCCGAGGAGAAUAUCUGGAGACGAGAGGCGAGUUUACCGCAGGCAGCAGCGGGAGUAGCGUGCUGUGUCGUGAAGCUGCCAUCAAGAUAUGGCGCAAUGGUGGAGGAUUGACGGGAGGAAACUUGAAGGAA